UAAGUGACGGAAUCUUGUGUGUCGCUGAUGCUGCAACUAUGAUGCUACUCAGCGUCUAAGAAGCUUACGGGAUAUAUAAUUGCUUGCUUUAUUUCUAUUCGUUUCAGUUAGAAAUCGAAUAAAGUGUUUAGACAUGACGCAGAAUCCGAUUAAAGACGGCGAAUUCACCGCUACGGUUUAUAAACUGAUUAAAGAUGCACGUCAUGGAGACGCUAUACACAUCCUGAGCAAUGAACUUCAAAAACACAUGAAAUCCCGAGCCGCUCUGUCUCUGCUGGGUUACUGCUAUUAUCAUGUGCAGGAUUUCACCAACGCAGCAGACUGUUAUGAGCAGCUCGUUCAGCUGCACCCGGAGGUGGAAGACUACAAACUCUACUACGCCCAGUCUCUGUACAAAGCGUGCGCAUUCCAGGACGCCAUGAAAGCCACGUUUCUGCUGGACAGCACUGCAAAUCACACCAAGAUGAUAAAACUUCAGUCUGCUAUAAAAUACGGAGAGGAAGACUUUCCGGCAGCGAUGACUUUAGUGGAGCAGUUGCCCGUGGACGACCCGGACACCGAAGUGGAUCAAGGCUGCUUGCUAUAUAAGCUCGGAGAAUACGAGAAGGCCUGCGCCAAGUUUACAGGCGCCAUGCAAGUACUGGGAUACCAGCCAGACUUGGCCUACAACAUCGCUCUCUGUCUCUACAGCCUCAAGCAGUAUGCCCCAGCCGUCAAGUACAUCCGUGAGAUCAUCGAUCAUGGGAUACAGGAGCACCCAGAACUCGGAGUCGGCAUGACAACCGAAGGGAUUGAAGUCAAAAGCGUGGGAAACACACUGGUGCUGCACGAGUCGGCCUUGAUCGAAGCCUUCAACAUGAAAGCAGCCAUCGAAUACCAGCUGAAGAAGUAUAAUGAUGCUCAGGAAGCGCUGACUGAUAUGCCACCAAGAUCAGAAGAGGAGCUGGAUCCCAUCACACUUCACAACCAGGCCCUGAUGAACAUGGACACCAAGCCCACAGAGGGCUUCGAGAAGCUGGCCUUCCUCCUGCAGCAGAGCCCGUUUCCUCCCGCCACCUUCAGCAACCUGCUCCUGCUCUACUGUAAAUACGAGUAUUUCGACAUGGUUGCUGACGUGAUGGCGGAAAACGCACACCUCACCUACAAGUUUCUUUCUCCGUACCUGUACGAGUUCCUGGACGCCAUGCUGACCAGUCAAACUGCUCCAGAGGAGGCCUUUCGGAAGCUGGAAGACAUGGCAGGAAAACUGACCGAACAGUUACGCAAGGUCACCAAACAGGUGCAGGAAUCACGACGCACUCGAGACGAGGACGGUCUAAAGAAAGCGGUGGAGGAUUACGAUCAGCUCAUCGAGGAAUACAUACCCCUGGUAAUGGCGCAGGCUAAGAUUUACUGGAACCGUGAGAACUACGUCAUGGUGGAGAAGAUUUUCCGCAAAUCGGUGGAGUUCUGCAACCAGCACGACACAUGGAAGCUGAAUGUAGCUCACGUGCUCUUCAUGCAGGAGAACAAAUACAAAGAAGCCAUCGGAUUCUACGAGCCCAUCGUCAAGAAACACUACGAUAACCUGGAACAGUGUAACAUUCAGGAGUGUCCCUGCAAAAGAAAGCCUUCGAUCCUCAAUGUGAGCGCGAUCGUUCUGGCCAACCUGUGCGUGUCCUACAUCAUGACCAGCCAAAAUGAAGAGGCUGAGGAGCUGAUGAGGAAAAUCGAGAAAGAGGAAGAGCAGAUCUCGUACAAUGACCCGGACAAGAAGGUGUUCCAUCUGUGCAUCGUUAACCUGGUGAUCGGGACCCUGUACUGCGCUAAGGGCAACUACGACUUCGGGAUUUCUCGAGUCAUCAAGAGCCUGGAGCCAUAUAACAAGAAGCUUGGUACAGACACAUGGUUCUACAUUAAGAGGUGCUUCCUGUCCCUGCUGGAGAACAUGGCCAAGCACAUGAUCAUGCUGAGGGACACCGUGGUCAGGGACUGUAUCCAGUUCCUGGAACAUUGCGAGCUGUAUGGGAAAGAUGUCCCGGCCGUUAUCGAGCAGCCUCUGGAGGAGGAACGCGCACACAUGGGGAAAAACACGGUCACCUACGAGGCUCGCAUACUGAAGGCUCUGUUCUACGAAGUCAUCGGAUGGAAAGACUAGAGAAUAUUGGUGAAGUGAUACCGGCUCCGGUUUAAACACUAAACACAAUCAAGUUUUAUCUGAUAAGACGAUGUAAAAAGGUGUCUGAAGAAAUCUGGAAUAUUCUACAUGUAUUUAUCAUUUCAGUUUCGACAGAAUAUUUCUCCUUACAGUUAUCAACAUCUGUUUUUUUGAGAAAAAUAAAAAAAUAAAAAUACUGUAAUAUUAUUUACUGUUACAUAAAAAAAAUGAAUAAAUAUUUUUUCUACAGAA